CCAUCAUUUCCCAUGACAUCCAACUUGUAGCUACCUUUUUUCCUGUUCGAAAAGCAAAAUUUUUAGUCAUUUCCGCCCUCUUCUCCCUGUGAUCCAUUCUCCCCGUUUCUUACUAUAAUCUCAAGUCUCAAAAUGCUUGUGGAUCCCGACAAGUACCCAUCGUUUUGCAAGUUAUUAUUUAGAGAAGGUUUCAUGGAUAAAAUAAUAAUGCCGCCUGUUUUUAUCAAAGAAAACACGAAGAAGUUGGCCAAGACUUGCUUACUGAAAACGGACAUAGCAGCAGGGAUGUCGUGGGAAGCAAAGAUAGUGAGGGAGGAUUCCUAUUACUUCAUAUGUGCAGGAGAGUGGCCAAAGUUUGUAGCGCAUCACAAACUAGAGCUAGGGGACAUUUUGCUCUUUUUUCUAGUUGAUAAAUCAACGUUCCAUGUACUUCCCUACGGCCAGAAAAGUUGUAAAAACCUUUGCGGGAGACAUCUAUUUGAGGAACUCAGCAGUUCCUCGGAAGAGGAACUUGACAUGGGAAUCGGACUGUCAAGAAAAUCUAAGAAAGUUAAAAGGGAGCCAAGAGAAUCGGCAGGUAAUAUUGAUCUGUUUAUGCGUUUGGGGUAUAUUUAUUUGUUUUCAGUUUGUCUGUAGAUGCAGAUUUAUUUACGAGCUGACCACAAGAAAACACACGACUCAUAUAUAUAGGUCAUAUUGACUAAUUGGAUUUAAGUUCUCCUUUCCACCUUUUUUCCUCUCAAAAAGAAGAAAAAAAAGUUUGCUUUUUUCUUUUAAAAAUCAAUCUUUUCGCCUUUUGAUUCAUUACAAUCUCAAUAAAUUUGAUUCAUUUUAGUUAAACAGUUAAUUAACUACAAAACCCAUUUCUCCAUUUUUCAAAAACAUUUCCCCUUUCUUUGAUCCAACGGCCAAUAUUUACCCUCUCAGUCUGUUAUCUGUUAUUUGUAGUUUAUGGUUUGAGUUAGCAUUACAGUGCUAAAAUACGCCGUGCACACUAAAA